AUGCCCACUGGCGUACUCACGGUUGUCGGCCCCGAUAACUCUCGAUCCUUUGAUGGGUGCACGCAGCCCAAGACUCUGUGGAGCUGCGAGCUGCCCAAGGAGCUGCAAGACUCGGUUUCGCCCUACAACGCCAACCAGCCUACGGUGGCCAUGCAAAUCCAGUUCGACAACAACCCCAGCCUUUCCUGGAAUGUCCCCAACGGCAAGCCACCGCCGGAGCCCCCUUCGUUUGAGGAGAUGUGGUUCUUGGGCAACACCACCGACGGCGUGGUCUCGGACGACAAGGCGGGAGAGCCAACGCCAUUCUACAUCAGCUUGCUCUCUUCCAAGGACCAAACGGUGGGCGCGAAUAUGAUUGAGAAGAGAGAAAGCGGCCUGGUCGACCGGCAGCUGGGCGUAGAACUACCCGCCCCCGACCGAAAAGACGACGGAACUGGGGCCACGGCCCGGAUCCUUCCCGAAGUCAGACAGCAGCCCGUCAGGCUCUUCGACAGGGGACUCCCGACAGAGCACUACGGCUUCUAUACCUACUUUAGGCGCACCAUUUACGUGCGGUCGCUCACGACCCUGAACCAGACCGAGGCCAUCGGCGACGUCCCUCUCGACCAGAACGGCGGAUCCCGCGAGACGGAAGCCGACUUUCUCGUGACGUGGGCGGAGACCCGGUUCCACAUGAAGAUUUGGACCAACAGCGCGGCGAGCAAGGGCCUGCUCGCCAAGGGAGACAAGCCCGGCAUCGAGGACACCGUCGACCUUACGCGGCCGGGCACGAUGCCGUACCCGGUCACCAUGACGCUGGACACGCACGGGGGCGACCCGCAGACGAAAUUCGUGUGGGCGUGGUCGAUCGACGAGCGUCAGCGGAUCGAUACCCUCAAGCCCAAGUUUUUGUCCAACGACAUGAGCAAGGGCGGCACGCUCGUCAACCCGCGCAUCAAUAAGAAUCCUAGUUUUGGGGGUUUGAUGGCGGUUCGGGUGGUUGUCAAUGCGAGUGGCUGA